UUUCAAUUGCUCGACCACCUCCUUCUCUUCUAGGGCUUCCAUUGCCGUCCAAUUCUACUCCCAAUUUUCUUCUUCUUCUUCUGUAACUGGCCCGCCGGAAUUAUUCCCACCCCCCUCCGCCGAAGCCCGCCGUUUCCCUUUUCUUCUCCUCUUCGGGUUCAGCUUCAGGUUCUUUCUUGCUGAACCAACAAAUUCUUCAAUUCGAGGCACUGUUUCCGCAGUGGAUUCGGAUUAUUCAUUUGUACUUUCCCCCCUCUUCGAAAUGGUGAAGACUUCUAAGUCCGUACAGGAACGCUUCGAAGACGACGGCAACGGGGAAUUGGGAGUGAAGAUAGAGGGGAAGAGCGGGGAGAGCAAGGCAAGUGGUCAUCGGUCUAAACAUUCGGAGACUGAGCAGCGGAGGAGGAGUAAAAUUAAUGAAAGAUUUCAGAUUUUGAGAGAUAUCAUACCACAGAAUGAUCAGAAAAGAGACAAGGCUUCAUUCUUGUUAGAGGUAAUAGAGUACAUUCAAUUUCUACAAGAGAAGUUAAAUAUGUAUGAAGGAUCGUGCCAAGGUUGGAGUUCGGAGCCUACAAAGUUGAUGCCAUGGAAGAAUUAUAGAGCUGCUGAAAGUUAUGUUGAUCAUUCUCAAGUGGUAAAGAGGGGUUCCAGUCAUGAGAAUGCUGUUGUUUUCUCCCAAGCAAUGCUAACAAAUGCACCAAAUGUCAUGGACGCGGACUUGGGUCCUGCUGCAGUAUUAAAUGCAGUGGAUCAUACUCUCGUCUCUGCUACUCAAGGUCUCCCCAUGAGCAUGCAUGCACAACCAAUUGUGUUCAACUCAGCUGGAAGAGGUAGUUUAUCAACCGAAUCUUUGGACGAACCUGCAUCAUGUUCCGAGAACAUUUCUUCCAAGAUCCAGACUGAAUUGUUGCAGAGUAGAACCUGUACCACCACAGGUUUUCCAAACCAUGCUGCUAGUGAUCAGGAGGAUCUGACUGUGGAAAGUGAACUGGAGAGUAUCUCAGGUGCCUAUUCCCAUGGGUUACUGAGUACCUUGACCCAGGCCCUGCAGGCUUCAGGCGUUGAUUUGUCGCAGACCAACAUCUCAGUGAAAGUCAAUGUCGGAAAACGAGCAAACAGAACGACAUCCCUUUCAGAGGAUGAUAAAAAACAAUCUUUGAACAAUCAAGCGAUGGCACAGAGCUUACAUGGCUGCUUCAGUGAGGACUCAGAACAAGCUCACAAGAAGCUUAGAACAACAGGGGUGUAGCCACAGCUAGUGUGUUUACUCUGAUCUUCUUUAUCUUAUUCCCUCUUCCUGUUCCUCCCUUGUUCUCUUCCCAUCCCUGAGUGUGAUAUUAUUUAAUUUUUUUUCUUCUCUCCUUGGUCCCAGUUGCAUCAUAUGGAUAUAAAGGUUGAGAUAGAAAAAGAAAAUGCAUGUAAUGUCUUGUACUUUGUAAUUUUCCCAGAUUAAUGAGAGCCCUAAGAAUAUUAUUAGAUGCA